AUGUCAUCUUCAAAAUUUCCAACUGCUAUUUUUUCGGAUAAAAAACGGACGUAUUCUUCCACAGGGGUUGUUAAGAUCAAAGAAGAAAAGCCGACCUGCGUGGAAAAACUAGCAAACAUUAGAAGAAAUAUUGCACUAUUGUUGCACUAUGGGAACGUCACACCUUUCCAAUGGAUGUCUACAAGAUUUAAAUGCUUCUAUUGCAGCAAGGACAUAACCGACUGUGAUAAUCUUAUCUCACAUACCAACCAAAAACAUUCAAACCUACACCUGGAGGAAUUCAUAAAGAAAAGAGUAAAAUCCAAAGACGUACCUAUAAAGUUAGACGUUCAAAAUAUUGCUUGUAAAGUAUGUCUGGAACCUAUAGAUAGUCUUCAAGGUCUUAUAAGCCAUAUUAUACAAACUCACGAAGAUAAUUACGAUGUUGAGGUUGGUGUAUGUGCGUUCCCAUUCGUAUUGACCAAAGACGAGUACGCGUGUACGCAGUGCGAAGAUAGAUUUGACAAUUUCUCGUCACUCGUGUCUCAUAUGUACAAGAUACACGUUUCACACUCGUAUGUCUGCCAAAUAUGUGGCCUCAGCUUCCUGUAUAAGGACAGAAUGAUGCGACACUUCAACAACAGCCACGUGGGAUACCGCUGUUCGAUAUGCAAGAAGAUGUUCGAAGGACAAAAAACGCUGGCAAGGCAUAAAGAACUCAAGCACGGUCAAGUUAAAGUUCAUAAUUGCUCGCUUUGCAGCCUACGCUUCUAUAACGACUACCAACUUAAAGUCCACAUGGGGAAAGCUCAUAAUGUGGAAAAGUUUGUGAUUAAAUGUGAAAUGUGUCCCAAAGUUUGUAAUACGAAAGGGGCUCUGCUAAUCCACAUGCAGUCAAAGCAUUCCGAGGCUACGUACGAGUGUGAUAUGUGCGAUUACAAAGCGAGCAUCAAAUGGUUGAUUAAGCUGCACAAGCGUAAGCAUUUGGGUGAGCGCGACUACGAGUGUAGUAUCUGCAAGCGUAAAUUUGGACGGUCGAGCAACUUGCGCACGCACAUGAAAGUGCACACGGGAAACUUUGGUCGUGUGUGUCGGAAGUGCCGACAUGGAUUUGUGGAUGUUGAAGAAUUGCGAAGUCACGAACGCGAGGUGCAUUAUGUUGACUGAAAUUUAAUGUUUGUUAAGAUUCCCUCUUGUUAUUCAGUUGUAAGAUUACCUCACAUUGUAGAAAAUUAUGAAUAUGUGAUAACUGCCAUUUAGGUAUGUAAUGGAGUAAGUCUUUUCGAAUAAAAACCUUAAUGUAAAUCCA